CAAACCUUCCUUUCCUAGCCCACAUAAACCUCUCCCACAACCAUCUCUCCGGCCUCCUCCCCCGCUCUCCCUCCUCACUCUCGACUUGAGCUUCAACUCCCUCUUCGGCCCACUCAUCCGCACUCUCCCCAUCACCAUCCACUCUCUACUCUAGACCUCCCAAGCAACCGCUUCCAUGGCUCCUUUGAUCCCUCCUUUCUUCUCCCUCAACCAUCCAAUUUACUCAUCUUCAACAUCAGCAACAAUAGUUUCACCUCCUCCAAUCCUUCAUCUAUUUGCAACAUCUCCCCACUCAUCAAAAUCUUGGAUUUCUCCAUGAAUACAUUCAUUGGUCCUAUAUCUCCUUCCCUCGCCCAAUGCUCAAGCCUUCAAGUCUUCAGAGCUGGCUCCAACGACCUUUACACCUUGACAAAGUUGCAAGAAAUCUCCCUACAUAACAACCAACUUUCCGGGGCAAUCAACAAGGCCAUUGUGAACCUUUCAAACCUCAUUAUCUUAGAGCUCCAUGCCAAUCAACUAAGCGGUGAGAUACCUCAAAAUAUAGGGCUGCUUUCCAAAUUAGAGCAACUGCAACUGCAACUCCACUCCAACAACCUCAACGGCACCUUUCCACCCUCUCUAACAAAAUGCACCAACCUCACCACUCUCUUCCUUCGCAACAACUUCUUCAACGGGGAAAUCUCCACUCUCAAUUUCCCCAAACUCCAACAUUUACAAGCCCUUGAUCUCAGCAACAACACCUUCUCUGGUAACAUCCCGAAUACCCUCUGCUUAAGCAAGUCCCUGAGGGCAAUCCGGCUCUCCUACAACCAGCUCAUCAGCGAAGUCCCUCCUUGUAUGGCCUCUCUCAAUUCUCUCACACAAAUCUCCCUUUCCUACAACCACCUGUCCAACGUUGUGGGAGCCCUGAACACACUCAAACACUGCCAGAAUCUGGGAGUCCUCUUCCUCACCAGAUGCUUCUACGACGAGAGAAUACCCAACAUCGACAGCGACAACCUGCACACCUUCAAGAAUCUACAGAUUCUGACGCUAGCAGGUUGCAAACUCAAAGGCCAAAUCCCAACUUGGAUUUCCAAACUGAAAAAACUCAAAGUUCUGAACCUCUCUUUCAACAAACUCUCAGGCCCAAUUCCAGCGUGGGUAGGAUCAAUGCCAAGCUUAUACGUCCUCAACUUAACGCAAAACUCACUCACGGGAGAGAUCCCACGUGAGAUAACGCAGCGUGGCAGAUAAUGAUCUGGAAGGGGGGUCAGUUCGAGACGUUUGGAAUUGGCGCAUUUGAAGGGAACACUAAACUGUGCGGCGAGGUGAUACACAGGAGCUGC